AUGGCUGGCAAGUCUCCUGGUCCAUUUCCAAACUGUGACUGGAGAUUCAAUGAGUUUCCCAAUCCAGCUGCCCAUGCACUGCAUGUUACUUGUGUGGAGCUCAUGGCCUUAGCUGUUUCGGGCAAAGAAGUUGGAAAUGCUCUUCUAAAUGUUGUACUAAAAAGUCAGCCUUUAGUGCCACGAGAGAACAUUACAGCAUGGAUGAAUGCAAUUGGAUUGAUCAUCACUGCUCUACCAGAGCCAUAUUGGAUUGUCCUUCAUGAUCAAAUUGUGAGUGUCAUCAGUAGUCCCAGCUUGACAUCUGAAACUGAGUGGGUUGGCUAUCCAUUCCGCCUCUUUGACUUCACUGCUUGUCAUCAGUCCUACUCCGAGAUGAGCUGUAGCUAUACGUUAGCUCUAGCGCAUGCUGUGUGGCACCAUUCUAGCAUUGGGCAACUUUCUCUCAUUCCCAAGUUUCUCACUGAAGUACUUCUUCCUAUAGUGAAGACUGAAUUCCAGUUGCUUUAUGUGUACCAUCUUGUGGGACCAUUUUUACAAAGAUUUCAGCAAGAGAGAACUCGGUGUAUGAUAGAGAUUGGUGUGGCAUUUUAUGACAUGUUGCUGAAUGUAGACCAGUGCAGCGCCCACUUGAAUUACAUGGAUCCCAUCUGUGACUUCCUAUAUCAUGUGAAAUAUAUGUUUACUGGUGACAGCGUGAAAGAGCAAGUAGAGAAGAUUAUCUGUAAUUUAAAACCAGCUUUAAAACUCCGUCUUCGAUUCAUCACACACAUUAGCAAGAUGGAACCAACUACAGUACCUCCACAAGCCAUAAAUAGUGGGUCUCCAGCCCCUCAGUCUAACCAAGCCGAUGCUCUUAUCUACUGA